AUGUUCUCCAAGUCGCUCCUCGUCUUUGUCUCCCUUGCCCUCCAUGGCCUCGCCCGCGAGCGUUGGCUUGAACGCGAUGGCCACGCCGUCCUCCUUCACCCCCGUCGCUUUGGCCAGGAACACCCCGCAAUGAUCGAUAAGCUCUCUGCCGCCUGUCCCGGCGAGGUCUGCGGCGUCCUCGCAGGCCAAGCCAUCACACCCCUCCUCGCCGCGCAAGGCGAGUGCACGCAGCAAGACAUGGCAGACGCUAUCAUAGACGCGGCCCAGCAGUUCGACGACGCGACGAAGGCGAACAUGAUCGCGCUCGCGGUCGAGUACCGCCAGGUGGAGAAGAACACACCUCCCGACUUCUCCGUGCAGCCCAACAUCCUCCGAAACUCCGUCUUCUGCCAGAAGGCGCCCAAGCACGCCGAGCUGAACGGGCUCGUGCAGGCUCAGGACCCGGCGAACGACCCGAACUCCUUCUUCGACCCUGCCUCCCCGCAGGCGACGGUGAAGAAGGGGUCUCAGUCGAACACGUUCCCCUUCGGCACCGCCGGCUCCGCGAGCUCCAAUACGACGUCCAGCGCGGUCGCGAGCGCAUCCUCGUCGUCGGCCAUCGCAGCCGCGACGUCAGCUGCGAACGUCGACAUCGCCUCGUCCACCUCCAGCGCCGCGGCAGCAUCGUCGACCGCUUCCUCCUCCUCCGCCAUCGGUGACUUCGGCUCCUGCUCGGUCCCGCAGAUCGAGUUCGCCACCGGUUUCGACAACCGGAAGGAGACAUCCUUCCAACCCGUCGACAAGACCUCGUACAACCACGGCUCGGCGCAGAACAUCGACAUCAUCACCCAGUUCAUCUGCGAUACGCUCACCAACACCUGCGGCGCUGACCAGACCGCGAAGGACACCUGCCAGCAGGCGCGCGCCGCUGCGGACACCGUCACCGCCAAGACCGGCGGCCAGGCGGACGCGUUCAACGCCGUGUUCGGGAUCACCACCGACUUCGCCGCCGUCGCCGAAGUGGAUAACCAAGGCAACGUCGUUGCGGGCACCGGGUCCAGCGCCGCGAGCUCUGCCGCCGCCGACACCACCACCACCACCACCACAUCUGCAGCGGACGCGACGGCCACGGACUGCCCCGGCGACUGCACCGUCCCGCAAAUCGAGUUCGCGACCGGCUUCGACAACCGGAAAGAGACCUCGUUCCAGCCCGUCGACAAGACGUCCUACGACCACGGCAGCGCACAGAACAUCGACAUCAUCACUCACCAAACCGCGAAGGACACCUGCGCCAAGGCCAAGGCCGCCGCGGACACCGUCACAGCGAAGACCGGCGGGCAAGCCGACGCCUUCAACGCCGUCUUCGGGAUCACCACCGACUUCGCCGCCGUCGCCAGCGUCGACGACCAGGGCAACGUCAUCGCCGGCACCGGCUCCUCCGCCGCUUCGAGCGCCUCCAGCUCCGCCUCUGCCUCGUCCAUCACGUCGUCCGCCGCGGCGUCCUCGACCUCAGCCGCGUCCGCCGGAGGCAACCUGCAGACCUUCACCGGCGCGCUCGGCGGCGUCACGGCCCCCGCCGUGACCGCCAACGCGGACGGCUCGUUCCAGGUGGACGGCAACGCGUCGUUCAAGGACGAGCAGAACGCGCUCGUGCGCUCGUGCGACGUGCAGCACAACCAAUGCGCCAACGCAGCGAACGCGUCCGGCAACAAGGGUGCGCUCACCGUCGCCGCGUGCGGCGAUCAGCAGACGCAGUGCAAUGCAGCCGCGACGACAGCGUGA